AUGUGGGAUAGAAAGGCUGAUUUCCGAAAGAUAGGGUUUGCAAAUUCUCUUGCAGAAGUUGGAAGAAACAACCUUAAGACUUCGAUUGAAAGUUCACAGGAGGCUGCUAAGAAGUCCCUGGAAAAAGCUACUGAGCGUGUGAGAUGCCUUGAGGAUGAUUUAGCAAAGUCCAGGAGUGAGAUUAUAGUAUUACGAUCAGAGCGUGACAAGAUGGCACUUGAAGCAAAUUUUGCAAGAGAGAGACUUGAUAGCUUUAUGAAAGAAUUGGAACAUCAGGCAUGUCCUUCUGAAGCAAAAGGUGUCUUACAAAGAAAUGUAGAGUUUUCUCAGCUUGUUGUUGAAUACCAACGAAAGUUACGUGAAAGCUCUGAGUCAUUGAUUGCUGCUGAGGAGCUUUCUCGGAAACUUACUAUGGAGUUGUCAGUUUUAAAACAAGAAAAGGAAGUCAUAUCAAAUGCUGAAAAAAGAGCUUCUAACGAGGUUUGCAGUUUGUCUGAAAGAGUGCAGCGUUUGCAGGCUAGUUUGGGUACUAUACAGAGUACUGAGGAAGUUCGAGAGGAAGCAAGAGCUGCAGAGAGGGCUAAGCAAGAAGAAUAUAUAAGGAAAUUGGAGAGGGAAUGGGCUGAGGCCAAGCAAGAUUUAAAUGAAGAGCGGGAAAAUGUGAGAAGAUUCACACUAGAUCGGGACCAGACCAUAAAAAAUUCUCUGAGACAGGUUGAGGAUAUGAGCAAAGAGUUAGCCAAUGCAUUGCAUGCGGUUGCAUCUGCUGAAUCCAGGGCUGCUGUUGCUGAGGCAAAACUCUCCAGUCUUCACAGAAAAUUGGGUUCCUCAGAUGACAAGCUUGUCGAAAUGGGUGGAGAGAGUGGACCUUCCACUUUAUCAAGUGAUAAGGUUGUUGUUAGUGAAUUGCAAAAGGCAAAGGAGGAGAUAGAAAAGUUUAAAGAGGAAGCACAUGCCAACAAAGUUCACAUGCUGCAGUAUAAAAGCAUUGCUGAGGUAAAUGAAGAUGCACUGAAACAGAUAGAAAUGGCACAUGAGAAGUUUAAAACUGAGGCUGAAGAAACAAAGAAAGUUCUAGAAUCUGAACUUCAUUCACUCAGAGAGAAGAUGUUAGAGAUUGAAAAUGAAUCUAGUUUGAAAUACAAAGAAGUUGCUUCUGAAACUGUGGGAAAGGAAGAAGCUCUUACAUCGGCUAUGGCUGAAAUCACAAAUCUUAAAGAAGAAAUUUUAACGAAAUCUUCCCAAAUUUCAGCAUUGGAGAUUCAAUUAUCGGGUUUAAAGGAAAACCUCGAUAGGGAGCAUCAGAAAUGGCGUGCUGCUCAAACCAAUUAUGAAAGACAGGUUGUUCUGCAGUCUGAAACGAUUCAGGAGUUGACGAAAACAUCUGAAGCACUAGCCUUGCUGCAGGAGGAGGCCUCUGAGUUACGGAAACUAACCAAUACUCAGAAAAUUGAAAAUAAUGAACUGAAGGCUAGGUGGGAAGAUGAGAAGGCACAACUAGAGAAGUCUAGGAAUGAUGCUGAAAAGAAAUACAAUGAAAUCAAUGAACAGAAUAAAAUAUUACAUAGCCAACUUGAGGCUUUUCAUAUUCAAUGGGCUGAGAAGGAGCGAAAUGCUGCUGGUAUUUCAUCUGGAAGUAGUAGUGCAGAUGCCUUUGGUGAUGCUGGCCUUCAAAAUGCAGAAACAGAAGUUUCGUUGUUAAAACAAGAGAAGCUGCGGUUACAGUCACAGCUUGAGAGUGCUUUGAAGGAAGCAGAGUCUGCACAUGCAUCUCUAGAAUCUGAGCGUGCAAAAUCUAGAUCAUUUUUGUUUACUGAAGAAGAGUUCAAAUCGUUGCAGCUUCAGGUCAGAGAAAUGAAUUUACUUCGUGAGAGUAACAUGCAGCUCAGGGAAGAAAAUAAACACAAUUUUGAGGAGUGUCAGAAAUUGCGUGAACUAGCACAAAAGGCUAGAGCCGAGGCAGAUAACCUUGAGAAGGUCCUGAGGGAAAGAGAAAUUGAGCUUGAAGGCCAUAAGAAAGAAAUUGAAACGCUAAAAAUGGAAAAAGAUAAUCUCAACAACAAGGUUUUGGAGUUGCUUGAAAGGAGUAAAAAUGUUGAUGUUGAGGAUUAUGAUCGAGUGAAGAAACUUGCUAGAGAAAUUCAGGAUAAACUAAGAGAUAGGGAUGCUCGGAUUGAUGAAAUGAGUAAAAGUCUAUCAGAGAAGCAGGAUUCUGUUUCCCGUCUAGAGAAAGAUCUUGCAAACUGUCGAUUGGAGCUUGUAGAGAGAGAAAAGAGAAUUAAUGACAUUCUGCAUAAUGAGGUCAUUGAGAUAUUCUCUAUGAAACUGCUGACUCAGUUUAAGAAGAGAAUUGAUGUUUUGUUAAGGGAAAAGGAAGACAUCAGUAAAGAGAACCAGCAACUUUCUAGGCAAUUAGACGAAAUUAAACAAGGGAAAAGGUCAACAUGUGAUACAACUGGUGAGCAAGCGAUGAAGGAAGAAAAGGACACAAGAAUACAGAUUUUGGAAAAACAUCUAGAGAGACUUAGAGAUGAAUUAAAGAAGGAGAAGGAAGAAUGUCGCCUAGAGAGAGGUAGACGAUUGAAGACUGAAAAGGCUAUAAAGGACUCUUACAACAACGUUGAGCAGGAGAAAAUAAAAUUUGUUAAUGAAAUUGAGAAGCAUAAGGAGUCUCUGAAAAAGUUAUCUGAUGAGGUAGAAAAGCUUAAGAUUGUUAUUGGCAAUCUUCCUGAGGGUUCAAAUGUGGUUCAACUUCUUUCUGGAUCCAAUGUUGAUGACUUUGCUGCUUCUUACAUAUCUGCCGUGGAAAAUUUUGAAAAGGAAGCUCAUUCAAUAUUUCGUGAGCUUGGAGGUCGUGGCAAUCUUGGAGAUGCAGCUACAAUUACAGAUGGUUCAACAGCUGCUACAGGUUCUCUUGGCCAAGUUCAAUCCCAAAGCAUCACACCUCUGGCUGCACCUGGAGCUAGCAGUUUACCACCUAAAGCGACUGGAGAAAGUGAGAAAAGACUGGCAGUACCUGUACCCAAAGCUAGUGUUGAAACACGUCGAACAGGUAGAAAAUUGGUCAGGCCUAGACUCGUAAGACCUGAUGAGCCUCAAGGUGACACAGAAAUGUCUGAUGCUGAAGGACCAGGGGGCAAGCCUGGGCCUUCUAGUGACACAGAGACAAGUAAUUUUGCCCAAUCAUCUCAACCAUUGGCUCGUAAGCGUGUUGCUCCGACCUCCACUUCAGAAUUACGUGAAGAAUCAGUUGCACCUGGUGAGAAGAGCUCUGAUGUAGUAGCACCUGUGUUGAAGAAGUCAAAAGGAUCGGAGUCCCCAGAAGAGAGUACAGAAGAACAACCUGCUGCAACUCUGGAAUUUCCUGGCAGUCACCCAGCAACUGAAGAAUUAUUUGAUAGCAGUGAGUUGCCACAAGGCCAAAAUGAGGAAGGUGAAGCCCAAAAUGAAGAUGGUGAAAUUACUGUUGGGAAUGACGAGGAAGCAAAAGAUCCACAACACUUGGAUGGUACGAGUGAAGAGGAAUUACAAGGUGACAAAGCUGGAAUUUUAGAAGAGAAUCCGGAUCAACCUGAUGAGAUGCAGAGGGAUCAUACUGACCCAGACAACCAACAGUCAACAUUGGCACCCAGUAAUGAGAGAGAAGAGGGAGAAUUGUUGCCAGAUACUGGAGAUCUUGAGGGUGGUAGUGACUUGUCUAACGUUGUGGAAAAUCAAGAAUCUCGGGAAGGUCCAUCUGAGUCUGCCGCAACCCCUGAACGUUCCCCGGCCAGGGGGGAUUAUGAUGCUCUAGAGGCUGGCGAGAUUAAUUCUCCCGAGCUUUCAAGUGAUGAUAAGAAUGAUGAGAUUGACUUGGUGGAGGAGGCUGCUGAUGGUUCCGACAAGUUACUUGAUGUUAAUGAGCCAAUAUCAGUGGAGAGUGAUCAGGUAGCUGACCCUACACCAGUUGUGAGUGAUGGUGGUGCUACUUUGACAAGUAGUGUUACAGAAAGUAGCUCGUCUAAGGUGAACUUACCUGUUCCAAGGCAAGGGACCCCCAGUGUCCCAUCUGAAACAGAAGAGACCGUAAAGCAGGCAUCACCUAUUGGUAGUACUUCAACUACCAUAAAUUUGUCAGAGCGAGCACGGGAAAGGGCUCAAAUGAGACAGGCUGGGUUGGUUUCUACCCCUACCGUUACUAGAGGUCGUGGAAGAAGUGCUCCCCGAGGUCGGGCUCGCGGACGGGCAGUAGUACGCCGGCCACCUCCAUCUUCUGGUGGUGACCCAUGA